GCGGUGACCGGCGAUAGACGCCCGUUCUGACGUGUUCAUCUGCAUUUUUCACAGGACUCGGCGGCCGACGGAAUCUGGCAUCGCAAACAUUGGGAUUGCGUCAUGAUCUGAGACGCCCCUGCCCCCACCUGUUAUCGGCAGUUUGGCAGUAGCGGUGACCGGCGAUAGACGCCCGUUCUGACGUGUUCAUCUGCAUUUUUCACAGGACUCGGCGGCCGACGGAAUCUGGCAUCGCAAACAUUGGGAUUGCGUCAUGAUCUGAGACGCCCCUGCCCCCACCUGUUAUCGGCAGUUUGGCAGUAGCGGUGACCGGCGAUAGACGCCCGUUCUGACGUGUUCAUCUGCAUUUUUCACAGGUUUGUCUUCACACAUUCACACAGUGUUUUCCUUUUCCUAUUUUUCUGCUGGUUGCUGCUACUGCCAAACUUGUCGUCGUAGUCAUGCUUUUCGAGGUGUAUGAGAGAUGAGUGUUUCUGGGGAGGACAUAUGCCUUGCUUGCAUGCUUACCCUAGAAACUACUGAUGCUAAAGUGAAAUGCAAAAAGUGUGGUAAUUCUUAUCACAUCGAACAGUGCUCUGGACUGACUGAGCCGCUUGAUAAGACGAGAAGUGGCACCAAUUCUCGCAAAAACUAUGUGUGUUCCACGUGUAAAACUGGUGCGCCAUGCGUCGGUGCAGGUGCCGCUGCUGCGGCUCGUCAGGAUUUUAACUUUGCUGUUGCUUUUGCGGAGUUAAGUCAAAAACUUGAUUUUCUAAUGCCACUAAAUGAAAAGAUGAACAGCAUUGAACAGGCAGUGCAAACAAUGUCUGAUCAUUUCGAUACCAUUCUGAAGCGAUUGGACAGCCAAGAUAAACAAAUUGAGCAGCUCCGUAAGAGAACUGAACAGUUGGAACGAGCAAGGCCUGACGAGGAACUACACCAGAUAAACUCUGACUUGAAUGACCUGGAAAUGCGUAGCAGGAGCCGAAACUUGGAAAUUCAUGGGAAACUUUUCAACGAGCACGAGAAUCUACUCCAAAAGAUAAACGAGAUAGCCAGGAUGAUCCAAGUUCCUGAGGUCAGCGAUCACGACCUUGAAGCUUAUCAUCGCCUUCCGGCGAAGGCAAAUAAGACCCCCGCCAUUAUCAUACGUUUUCAAAGCCAAAAGCUGAGGGAUAUGUGGCUGCAGAAAAGGCGAUUACUAAAGGAAAAGGAUGCAAACAUAUACUUUUCGGAAAACCUAACGCGCAGGGCAAGAACACUAUUGUGGACUGUGAAGCAAUGGGCUCGCGAUAAUGGCUUCCGUUACGUGUGGUAUGCAAACGGGAAAAUCUUCAUCCGCAGGAAAGAUGGCGAACCGUCCCAUGUUGUCAGGGACGCGAGUCAGCUGGCUAAUUUUACUGUGGUUAGGCACGUCAGCACAUAAUAUGUGAACAUCACGUCAAAAUGGCUAACAAUAGAUUCGUGUUGCCUUGCAACAUUCGCAGCGUCAUGCCUACCGAUUGGUUGGGCUCAUCAGUGAAAUGUUUUCAUUUGAAUGUACGAUCACUGAACAAUAAGGCUGAUGAACUGCAAAUUUUGUUAGACAGUUUUAACCUGUCUUUUGAUUUCGUCAUGGUAUCUGAGUCAUGGCUGAGCAGUAGCUUUUGUUUGCCAUCAUUUUCCACAUUUGCCGUCAAUCGUAAUGUGGGUCGUGGUGGAGGUGUUUGCAUUUUCGUUAAUAAGAAAAUCGAAUGUGAAUUGAUCUCGGAACUUUGUUGCAUGUCAUCUGCUGUUGAGGUUGUUUCUGUAUUGGCAAAUAAUACCGUUUAUUCAGUGUUCUACCGACCACCCAGUGGAGAUGUUGACGUAUUUUUUGAGUACAUUGAAUCAUAUAUUUCUUUUACUUCUGCGCAUCACUAUGAUGUCAUUAUGGGCGGUGAUUUUAAUAUAGACAUGAUGUCUAAUUCUGCCCAUGCAAUUGAUUAUGAUGUGCUGUUAAGAAGUUUUGGCUUCAGUAUUGUUACUAAGCUUCCUACUCGUAUAACUACUAACUCAGAAACACUGAUUGACCUGUUUAUUACUAAUAUUAACAAUUCUGUUAUACAUUCAGGGGUAAUCUGUUGCGAUUUAAGUGACCACAUGGGCAUUUAUUUGUUUUUUCAGAAAAAGCAGCCUAGAUCUAAACACACAUGUACCCCAAUGGUUCAGUACGUCACACCUAAUGCUCUUGAAAAUUUUCACAGUGAAAUGUCACUUAUGUCAUGGAGUGAUGUGUUCAAUGAAACUAAUGCAGAGGCAGCUUAUGAAAA